AUGAAGCGAGUAGUCUUUGUCGCCGCCGUCGCCGUAUGUGCCACCAGCACCAACCACCGAUGGGCGCAAGACCCGUGCGUGGACGUGGAAGGUGACGCGCGCUUCUGCUUCGCGUCCUCGAACGUGUGCACCAGCACUCACUCAGGCGAAUGCCCGACGUCGAACACCCACGCCGAAGCCAAAUGUACCGAAGACGCCCCAAGUUUCCAUCCUACUGGAACCUACCAAGGCCGAUGCGUGCUCAAGGUCGACACCCACUGUGUGCAACGCUCUACCGGCUUUGUCUGCGGCUACAAGGACGCGCUGCGAGCCGGAGUGGACGCUGUUGGCGUGCCCCAACGAGGAGCAGGACCCAUGCAAGGAGUGGGUGAAGCGCACCACCCAUUCGAACCCGUCCAAGGGGGCAAAUCGCGCCACCCGUUCCAACCCGACCAUGCGGGAGAACAGCACCACCCAUUCGAACCUGAGCAUGCGGGCGAACAGCACCACCCAUUCGAACCUGACCAAGCGGGCGAAGAGCACCACCCAUUCGAACCUGACCAUGCGGGCGAAGAGCACCACCCAUUCGAACCUGACCAAGUGGACGAAGAGCAUCACCCAUGCGAACCCGUCCAAGGGGGCAAAUCGCGCCACGCAUUCGAACCCGACCAAGUGGACGAAGAGCACCACACGUUCGAACCCGUCCAAGGAGGCAAAUCGCGCCACCCAAUCGAACCCAACCAAGGGGGCAAAUCGCGACACCCAUUCCAACCCGACCAAGUGGGCGAAGAGCACCACCCAUGCGAACCCGACCAAGUGGGCGAAGCGCAGCGCCCAGUCGAAGAGGGCGAGAAAGUUCACCAAGCCGUGGUCCAGUCGGAUGCGGCUGCCGUGCCAACCACCAAGGAGGACAUCAAGACCAGCUCCAACACCGUAGGUAUCACUGUCGGUGUCGUGGGCGUUGCCGCUGUCGCCGCCGUGGCGUUCAUGGCGAUUCGCAAGAAGAACUCGCGCAAGUCAGCCGACAAACCCGACAAACCCGUCAACCUUGUGACGCCAGAGGUGCCCCACCUCCUCGGCUCUAGUCCGCUGACGCCCUCGCUCAACGCUGAAAAGUCCAAGAUCCAUAGCGUGUAA